AUGUGUGAGGUGACGCCCACCUUCAGCGGAGAAGUCCAGCAUGGCUCGCUGCCGGGCCCAGCUGAGGCAGGCAGGGACCCGGAGCUCCUCCUCAAGAUGGUGUUCGCAGAGAUGAGGAGCAUGCUGGAGACAAUGCGCGAGGUGAAGGGCAGGCUGGCCACUGCACAAUUGAGGGUGCGCCAGCUGAGCCAGAAUGACAACCUGAAGCAGCAGCUCAGCAUCCUGCUGCCUGAGUUGUUCGAGCCUGUGACCAAGAAGUUGAUAAAGUAUCGGAAGCAAUUGCUGAAAAGGGAAGAAGAGAUUGCAGAGCUGAAGGCAGAGCGGGACAAUAUGAGGCUGUUGUUGGAACGCCUGAAGUAUAUGGUGUCCAAGCAGGAAAGAUCUCUACACAGGACCUUUGUCCAAUGCCAGGCCCAGUCCUCUGCAGGUGUCUCCUCGGAGAUCGAGAUGAUUAAGAAACUAAAAGUCCUCUUCCGUCAUCACAGAGUCCUAGAGGAGAAGGUGCUGUGCAUCCACUCCCUCCAGACCCUUGCCAAUGGCAUGGGUUCUGUCAAGGACACCAAUGGGCGCAUAGCCGAGCUGCAGGAGGCCCUGGAGCAGCACCAAGCAGAAGUAUGCCAGCUGCGGGAGGGCCAGGCAUUGCUGCGCGGGCAGGUGGGCCAGCUGGAGCAGGAGCUGGCCACUGCUCACCACCAGCUGAAUGAGACCAAAGAAGCCAACCGCAAGCUGCAGCAGGAGCUCAAGGAGCUUUCCCUGUCCUUUGGCCCAGAGGAGAUCAGCUCAUGA